UCGGGGCUGGCGAGCGCCAGCCUCGCCAUGGCGAUGCCAUGGGGAGAUGCUCCUAAGAGACUCUGCCUGAUCGCUCGCCACCCUGUCUGAAACGUGAGGCGUGGAGGGAGUGGGAUCGCUUGCAGCUCCUUUGGCACUUCAUUCCAAAACCCGCUAGCCAGAAGGAAAUGCAAAGCACUCCCUCGCUACCGGGCUGCCAUUACCUGGGCCAAAGCGAGCAAACCGUGAGGGAGCAGAAAGAGCAGGCAAAGGAGAGAGGGAGAAGAAUUUUCCUGCCUCGGUGACUUGGUGACUCGGGGAUCACAGCUUUCAACGUGACCUGCUUGCUACCCAGUCGAGAUGGAAUGAUUGGAAAAAGGGUGCCUGAAUAAAGUCUCGCUUUCUUUCCCAGCGUUAACAACUGUUCUGUGCCAUCCUACAGCCCCAGUCCCAAAUCAGCUACGGGCUCUCUCUGCGUUUUGUUGUCUUUUCUCAGCUUGCUGGGUAAAAGCGUAUGGAGAAUCUCUGGAGCUUUCGAGUAGGGGCUCACCCUGUGAACGGAGAGCCGUGCCAACCAACUGGAAGCGUGAGGAGAGUAAGGGCUGUCCUGCCGCCGCCUCGGCGCUCGGCUCCCGGCCGCCGCUCCCAGACAGCCCGGACUGCUGCGACACCCGCGGGACCCGAGCGGCGGCCUCGCUGCGGGACCUCACUGCGGCUCCCCGGAGCGCCUUGGGCGGGGGUCAGUGGCCCACAGCCCGCUUUCCCUCUGUCUCCACCCCAGCCAGCUCCCACUGCUACGCUGGGAGUUCGCGGGAAGGGAGCAACCAGGGACACCAGCACCGAGACUGUCCUGCCGGGGUGCUCCUGGGCGAAGUCAGGAGCACGGCGGGGGAACGCGGAGGGUGGUACGGGACGGGGCCAAAAGGUUUCUGAAGUCCUAAUGAGAGCAGGCAGCUGCCCUGCACACAAGCGGGCGGGCUUGGCUCGGCUGCCGGGAGCGCGGGUGCUGGGCAGGGGGCGCGACACGGAGCACAGGGAUGUGCUCAGGGCCAGCCUGCUCCCGGCAAAAUCAAAGCGGCCGGAGGGCAGGCUGCUGCUCUAUGCAGGUGCUUCCAUUUAUAUGUGUAUUUAUCUUGUAAUAAAUAAAUAAACAGAUAAAAGCGCAGCUGAAGCCAUUUUUCUAAAGGAAUUCUGCAUUACCGCUCUUUCCACAGUGUCAAUAAAUUGCUCCUUUCCGAAGAGUUUGUAUAUCCCAGCUUUUCUAUCUUCUCUCCUUCCUUUCCGGUUUUUCCUGGCUUUGAAAAGAAGCUUUAUAUUUCCGUUGCGCCUAUAAGAAGCAGUAUCGAUCCCCCCGCACGUCUGAUCCCCGCAGCAGCCGAAGGCGGCAGCGGGUCCCGGCGGGCGGGUGUGCCGGGGCUGGCCGGCAUCGCCAAGGCAAAGACGGGGCGCGCCUCGCUGGGACGGCGCGACGGUCAGACCGCGCCUAAGCACAGAUUUUCUUUCCCCCUUCCUCUUCCCGGCAGGACAUUCUGUACGUCCCUUCGCCUAGGAAGGACCCCGAUCCUUCCCCCAGUGGGACUUUCGAGUCGGUAGAAAAAAGAGAAUCGUGCCUUUGCGAAGUUUUGCCAGCAGGAGCAUUUUGUAAAAUGUUUGUUUAUGCUACGCAUCAGCUCGACUUCCAGCACCAUAUCGUUCCGAAAAGGGAAUAUUUUGUAUUGUGAUCCAUCCUUGUCUAACUUUGUUAGUAAUUACAGUAAAAUUGAGUAAGUCAUUGAUAG